AUGGCGCCCUCCGGUCAUGCAUCUGGGGCAGCGGUGAUUGUGGUCAGCGUUCUCUUUACAUCUUUGGCUGUCAUCUCGACCGCGCUCCGCCUCUUUACGCGCCUCAGCCUAGCCCGCAAUGCGGGUUUCGACGACGCUAUUAUCGCCGUAGCAGCAGUUCUCGCAGUCGGCCUGGCGGCGUGUACUUGUCUUGAGAUCCGCUACGGCGUCGGACGUCACCAGUGGACUAUCAGUUUUCAGGAAGAGCUAGCUUUCCUCAAGACGCUCUAUGCGUCAAUUGCGAUUUACAACCUGGGUCUCUACGUUACGAAGCUAGCGAUUCUCUUCCAGUACUUGCGCAUCUUUCCGCAGCGUGGCUUCCGCAUGGCUUGCUACGGCGUGAUCGCGGCAACGACUAUACACGCCAACUGGGCAUUCUGGAGUUCGAUCUUUUUCUGUCGCCCAGUCUCCGCAUACUGGGACAUAACCAUAACCAACGCCAAAUGCUUGGACAGAGAAUCCGUGUGGUUCGCCAAUGCCGCUGUCAAUAUCGUAACCGACAUCGCGAUCGCAAUCCUACCCUUGCCACUCAUCAACCAGCUAAACAUCGCUAAGCGUCCUAAGAUCGCUCUAAUGUGUGUUUUCGCUCUCGGUGGCUUUACCUGCAUCGUCUCCAUCCUGCGACUGGAGGCCAUCUACGCCGUCUCGAAAAACUUCAAUGACCAGAGCUACAACAAUAGUCUACCCGCAGUCUGGAGCCUUCUCGAACUGGACACGGGCAUUCUUUGCUCUUGUCUCCCCACGCUCAAAGCACUCGUUGCAAAAGCCCUCCCGAAGACCUUUGGCAAUCGCUCCUAUCCGGUUGGCUCUCAAAACAAGCAUCACACCGGAGUCUCACAUGUCGAGCGGAGUCUGGCGCUGGAUGCACUUGGUGCCCCAGUGCACGGCAUGUGCGUGAGCAGAGGCAGUCGCAACAGCAUUGCUCUCGACGAGCUUGGAGGCUCACCAAAAGACAUCAAGGUUGUCACGGUGGUGAAACAGCAGGUUGAGCCAGCUCGUGAUGACAGCGGAAGAAGUGAGAAUGGGAGUACAAGGGAUCUUAUCAAUAAGCACUCCUUCUCUGAUCUGUAG